AUGCCCUUGACAGUACCUUUUAUAUGGAAUCCAUCAACCCGAAUGUCUAUAAAAUUGCCUUACGAAUCGACUGAUAUCGCAAUUCAUCCAGGUUUAUGUACCUCCUGUGUUUAUCGAAUUGGUUACGAUAACACCAAUGACGAUUACAAGGUAGUGAGAAUUGUGGUGUACCUAAUUCUGGGUUUUGGCAUCGAAUACGAGAUUAAAGUUUAUAGUUUGAGAUCAAAUUCGUGGCAUAGGCCUGAGAAGUUUCCUCAUUGUCCGAAUUGGAAAAGCUUUGGAAAUUCCAUUGUUUGUGGAUCUCUGCACUGGAUCUCAACUGUGAAAUCAGAGAAAUCAGAUUUAAAAGAGGAAAGUUUGAUUGUUGCCUUUGAUAUUGGGACAGAAAAAUACAGAGUACUUCCACAGCCACAAUACCGCGGUCCUUAUUACAAAUUAUAUGUGGAUGAUUUAGGAGAAUGCCUUUCUUUAAGUUGUCAUUACAAAUCAUCGACUGUGGAUAUGUUUUUGCUCAAGGAAUAUGGUGGGAAGAAUGAACAUUGGUCGAGAUUGAUUAAUGCCACUUUGCUGAAAGAAUAUGGUGGGACGAAUGAAUCUUGGUUGAGAUUGGCACAAAAUAUUCCUGUUCCAUCUAAUCAUGUGGUGAAAUCUGCUGCUUAUUCAAAUUGUGGUAAGAAUGUACUUUUGAGCAUGGAUGAUGAUAAUCUUGUUUGGUAUGACUUAGAUUCGGAGUCACUUGAAGAUCCUAGGAUUCAUGCUGACGAGAACUAUUCAUUCGAAGUUGAGACUCUUGCUUGGAAAAUCUAUUACGAUGUUGCAGAAGCUGGAUAA